UUCUUUUCUCUCUCCCUUCAGUUUGCCUUCCUCCCCGAUGCACCCAAAAGAUAGUAAGACAUUCAGCAAGAGACAAAGCUAAGAGAGAUCGAUAAGAGCGAGAGAUGCCUCAGGCUCCUUCGACAAGGUGGUGCCCAACACCAAAGCAACUGAUGAUUCUUGAAGAGAUGUAUAGGAGUGGAGUUCGGACUCCCACUGCUUCUCAGAUACAGCAGAUAACGGCCUACCUCUCCCAUUAUGGAAGGAUUGAGGGAAAGAAUGUGUUCUAUUGGUUCCAGAACCACAAGGCCAGAGACCGGCAGAAGCUCCGGAGGAGACUCAGCAGGCACCACCACCUUCUCCACUCCUGCUCCCACCCACACUCUCUUCACUUCUCGGAGGAAACCUUCCAUUCUCCACCACCACCUCCUCCUCUUCCAUUCUACACCAGAUCCUACCUCACUUCCUCCACCGGGUCCCCCUCACCUCUUCCUCCUCCCUCCCACUUUGUCAUUGUUUCUCGGGAGGAUGCUGCCAAGAGGCAACCAGAGGACUAAAUUUGCUGCCCAAAUUGGAGACCGUCGGACGAGAAGAAACACCAGCGAUGGCAAGCAACAUGGAGUAUGGGUACGAGUGGAUGGUGAAGAUGGAUGCGGGCUCGGCCGUUCCACUGCUUUGCCGGCCUCUCAGGACUCUGGAUCUCUUCCCCACCAAGAGCACCGGGCUCAAGGAUGAGUGCAGCACCAGCAAGUCCUCCUCACGCUCGACGUCCACCAACUUAUCUCCAUAACUGAUAGCCUCUCUAACUGGCUAGAUCGAUGUCUAUCCGCCUGGGCCUAUCUAUUACGUAUCAAUGAAUCCUUUUCCUCUUCUUCCCUUCCACUGGUGAUGCUAAGGUACUGUUGUAUGGCCACUGUAGAAUAAAAGGAGCUCCUUGUGCGACUCAGUACGCCAACCUGCAGGCACUGUUCCUCUUUUGUUUUUCUUUUCCAAAUUGGAGUCCAUGGCAGUAUUGGGUGGAUUUCUCUUUCCAAUUCCCGGUUUGCUUUGGAUUUUCUGCUCUCAUAUCUGCCUCUUGUUUCUAAAAGCUGCCAUGCUCCUUGGAAGACUUGUUGAUAUCGGCCUUUAUAUUGGUUUUAAGACCAGUCAAUGAGACGCAAAACACUAGGCCCCCACCCCUUCUUUCCCUCCCUCUAUUUCUGUAGAGAGAGCGAGAAGAGAGCGGGGUCGGAGCUGAGGCCAAAUGACAAGACCGGGCGCUGGAGCAGCCCCUUUCUGUUUUGGAUUUCGAUCGGAACGGCAGCCUUUUUCUACUGCAAAAGGUACAUAAAAAAAGAGUGGAAACGAAGGAGGAG